CCCACUUAUCUAUGCUUAUCACACGUUAUCAUAUGCUGUAUUAAAUGAACGGCGGCCAAUCUUCAGUCGACCCAAGUGCUAGCAGGGAUCACUGUUAGGAAUAAUGAGUAGAGAUAACUCGCCUCUGCGUUUAAUACGCGAACUCCUGUGGACUCUUCUAGUGGUCAACUUCGAAAUCUUGCGCGCCAUCUAUCGAUGGUUCGUGCCAGCAGAGCGCAAAGAUGUCGCCGGGGAAGUUGUACUGAUCACAGGCACAGGCCAUGGCAUGGGCCGAGAGAUGGCGCUGCGGUUCGCGCGGCUUGGCGCCAAGGUUGUCUGCGUCGACAUCAACGCCAAAAACAAUGAGGAUACCUACAACAUGAUAUUGUCCGAAAAGGGAAAGGCGUACAAAUACGUUUGCGAUGUAACGGAUCGUGCGGCGGUGCUGCAACUGGCUGAGCAGGUCCGUCGAGAUGCGGGUAAUGUGGACGUGCUGGUCAACAACGCGGGCAUCAUGCCCUGCAAGCCCGUCACCGAGCAGACCGAGAAGGAGAUCCGACUCAUGAUGGAUAUUAACGUCAACGCUAAUAUAUGGUGUAUUCAAGCGUUCCUGCCGGCAAUGAUAGAUCGUAACCACGGUCACAUCGUAGCAAUGUCCUCGAUGGCGGGACUAAUGGGCAUCCGCAACUUGGUGCCCUACUGCGGCUCGAAGUUCGCCGCGAGAGGAAUCAUGGAAGCCCUCGCUAUCGAACUUCGAGGCGACCCGAGGGAUACCAAUGGAAUUCACUUCACGACUGUAUGUCCUUACAUCGUGAACACCGGACUAUGUCACAAGCCUCGCAUCCGCUUUGAGAAAGCCAUGAAAGUUGUCAACGCUGGAGAGGCGGCUGACAUCAUCGUUGAUGCCGUGCUAAGGAAUGUUAUGGAGAUCACUAUUCCUCCUGAACUUCAUUACAUGAAUCGGUACAUUCACCGGCUGCUCCCGUUCCCCGCAGCCGCCGCUUUCAACGACUUCUUCGAUACCGGCGUCGACGCUCACGACUGAAUGUUUAGAUCAAUUUUACAUUUUUGUAGUAAAAUAUUUUUAUAUUA